UCAGCCAUUGGAGGCGGAGGGAGCAUUUUGGAAACCCUAAAUUAAAACUCGUGUAUUUAGUUCCAAAAUUUGUCAUCCCAAUAGUAAAGAAACGGUGCCGUGUUUACAUCUUUAUAAAGCUUAUUAAUAAUCUCACUCUACCAGUACUCCUCGGACGACACAAAAUUGCACACCGAUCUGAUUGUAGUCUCGUCUGUCUACUCCCACGACUCCCCUCAUACACUAUAACAUGAGACAUUCGGUGAAUCGUCCGCCCACACCCGAUGUGGGAGAUGACGAAGAAAAGCAGCCUUCGUUUCAAGAAAUCAUCAACAUCAAGUUGAUUGAGAGUGGGGAAAAGGAACGCUUGAUGGAGCUGCUGAGGGAGAGGCUAGUUGAAUGUGGGUGGAAGGAUGAAAUGCUCACGCUUUGUAGAGCCUUUAUAAAGAAGAAAGGACGAAACAAUGUCACUCUUGAUGACCUAAUACAAGUGAUUACCCCAAAAGGCAGAGCGUCAAUUCCAGAUUCUGUUAAAGCCGAGCUGCUACAAAGAAUACGCACUUUUCUGGUUUCAGCUUCUCUUUGAUUGGUGUGAGCAGAGUAAGUUAUAUGUGCAAUUAUGGUGUGUUUGCGAUGUCUGAUCUGAAGGAGGGAGGUAUUGUAAUGGGAGUUGUGUAGUUGUAUUCAUUAGUGUGAAGACAAGGAAUGCAAUGCAGCAGGUCUUGUGCUAGCUAAUUCACAAGUAUAGAUUAAUGUUGAUUUAGUACAAGUUGUGGCCCGCCUGUGGGGGAGUUUGACUUUCUGUUUCUCCUCAGUGUAUAAGUGGUGGAAUAGUUAGAGGCUUGUGAUCUUUGCUUUAUAUCAUGUUUCUGAAUGCUUGCUUUCUUCUUCUUUGUGGGAUUUCAUGCAC